CUUUCUGUUCAAUUAUUGACCGUUCCGAGUGUAGCAGCAUUGCUUGUAAAAGACUAUAGGUUCUUUGGGAUGGUGUGCUCUAUUCUCUCUGGCUUCUUUUUGACAAACAAUGUACAAGUAAUUGUACCAGAUGAGUACCGAGACAUGCAGGUCAAUUGUCUCACUCGAGCGAUGACACGACACAGAUACGCAUGUACCUUCUUCGACCUACGAUAUGUUCUCAAUGCUGACCCAGUAAAGAUCGAAGUGUGUCACAGCCCGAUUUAUUUACGCUACUUUCUCGACAUGAUAUAUCAAUUCCAAGCCAUGGAUCCCUUGAAACACCAAGAAGAUGUCCACGUAGAAUACGAAUCUAACUCAUGGACAAACGCCUUUAAUGCAACACUCCAGAUCUCAAGGCUCUGUCGUCAAUUCUCAGAUUGCUUC